GUCGUUGCGAGUGUAUAGAAGUUGCUCGAGAAACCUCUCGAAAUGCAAAAAUUCAUCGCUAUAACCCUUAUCCUGUGUAUGCUGAGCAUCGUGGCGCAUCACGUCUCGGCGCAAUCUUGUUGUCCCUGGCGACAGAGCAUCUACACGCCGGUUUGCGGCAGCGACGGUAAAACUUACAACAGCGCUCUGGCAGUCACUUGUUACAACAGAUGCAACAACAAGAGUAUCCAAGUUGUACACAGUGGCAAGUGCUAAUCUUCCAGAAAUGUAAUUGAAAAAUUCAAUCGUUGAUGAAAUACACAA